AUGGAGCCUAAAGAGAUCUACGACCAAGUUAACAGGCGGUACGGCUCAAUCGCCAAGAGCAGCACCGGCCAGUACGAGCACACAGUCGCGAAGGCUUUUGGAUACACAGAAGAAGAGCUUGCUGGCAUUCCUGAGGGUGCGAAUCUGGGAUUGAGUUGCGGUAACCCAAUCGCACUUGCAGCGCUGAGAGAGGCGGCGAAACUGUUGUCGAUUUUGGAACUGGCGCUGGGUUCGAUGUGUUUACUGCUGUAA